AUGGAAUAUUAUUCGUUUGGUGUUAGUGGCGUUUUGAGUGUGGAGUGCGAGAGUAGUGGCGGUUUGAGUGUGGAGUGCGAGAGUAGUGGCGGUUUGAGUGUGGAGUGCGAGAGUAGUGGCGGUUUGAGUGUGGAGUGCGAGAGUAGUGGCGGUUUGAGUGUGGAGUGCGAGAGUAGUGGCGGUUUGAGUGUGGAGUGCGAGAGUAGUGGCGGUUUGAGUGUGGAGUGCGAGAGUAGUGGCGGUUUGAGUGUGGAGUGCGAGAGUAGUGGCGGUUUGAGUGUGGAGUGCGAGAGAAGUUGCUGUUGCUGUGCGAAUUUUUUAGAAAUACGUGAAAUACUCUAUUAUGGUUAA